AUGCAUAAAACCCUCAUCAGCCAUGCACUGAGACACAAUUGUCCUGCCAUCGCAAUCCGACCUCACACUACCAUUCGCUUCUAUCGAAUCCGACCGUUCAAAGAAAAAAGGCCCUUAGCUUUAUGCAGACGAGAAUAUGGUCUACCCCAGCCUUCGGAACACGGCAUUGAGCAGCAUGUCUCAAAAAACGAUGGUGCUCAGGAAGAAGCGCUCAAGGUGACCAGGCCCGAUGAGACUUGUCUCGACGAAGGCUCAAAGUCUUCGACUUCGCCAGAGAGUACUGUCACCGAGAGAAGACAGUCUUCCUUCUCGGGCGAGAAACUAAAUCCAUCAGCACUAGAAGACCAUAGCCGCGCGACCUCCAAGGACGGCUCCUCGAGUACAUGGAAUCCCAUCGUAGAUGUCGACGCGGACGAAGAUGAAGAGCCCAUGUAUAGGCGUCUCGACGCACGACCGAUGCAAUUUCGUCCUUUCCUCCGAGAAGUUCAAAGAAUUGGCAGAAUCACCGGGCACCAUAAAUAUGGUCCGAUCAGAUCUCUUGAUCGGAAACUCGCGAGCACGCAGAUUCUCGAAGACGAAUUGAGAUGGAUUGCAAAGACAAGGCCACAACCAAACCUGACCCGGGAAAUUCUCAACAUCCUUAUUGAGGACCGCAAGAUUAAACCUAGACCGGACCAUUAUGAGGCCCUCAUACUAGCGAAUUGCGCUCCAGAAUAUGGAUCGGCAGACAAUGUGCAGACCAUCUUGGACGAGAUGGAACGGGAAGGCAUCGUGAUGAGUCCCUCGGUGUACUACGCCGCACUGAUGGCAUUGACAGUACACCCCGACACGCAUCUCCGGACCACCAUCUUGCAGCGCCUCGCACAACAAUGGGUCACGAUCCCCCCGCUAUAUGCCCAACUCAACAUCGUCGCCAUGGUUCGCGAAGGGCAGCUGGAACUCGCGACAAUCGAGUUGGAAAACCUUCAACAAGACGGCAUGCGCAUCGAGACGUGGGUAUGGACAAUCUACAUGCACGCCAUUUGUGACCAAGGCGACUAUGAAGCCCUCCUGCAACUGUGCUACAAGCUGUACGAUCUCAACUUCCCCUUCCCGCGGCACACAUUGCUCCAUGCCCUCCGCGUCGCGAGCAGAAAGGCCUCGAGGGUCGAGAGCAGAAGGUUCGACGACGCAGCCGCGUCGCUGACAAAAUGGAUCUGGUACACGUACGUGGAGAACAUGCACAUCAUCCCAGACAGGGGCAUGUGUACCAACGUCCUCCGAAUCGCCGUCAGGACAAGUGACGUGGACCUCGCAGAGUCUGCUAGCGUUGUUCUCGAGAACGCCGCCGCCGGGGAAACGACCACGACACCGCCUAUUCUCGCACCAUGGGAGAGGGACGAUCUGAAACCCACGCUCGACUCUCCUGAACUUUUGGGCCUGGACCCAGCAAGCUCGACCUCAGCCUCAGAUCCGCCGUCGAUGGACGAAAAACAGAAGAAAAAGAAGCAGCAGCAGCAUGAGAAGCGAGUGCAGCAAGACUUCGACCCCGGGGAGACAGUUGAUGAAGAAAGGGCCGUGGCAUUCUCCACGCCGCCGGACUUGCCUUCUCAGCCACUUCCCCCGCGCCGGCUCCCCGAGCCAGUUCGUGAACUGCUCCAGCGCGUACAAGCAGGCGCGGCCGAGAGGCCCGACCAUCUCUCUGAUGCCCCGAGACGCAGGAACCCGGCGGUCUUGUAUAAGUUCUUCCGCAAGGAGAGUGGUCUGAGAGGCGCGCGCUUCGACCCCCUUCUGGCACUCAAAGAGGGUUGGAAUUGGAGAAAGAAGUGA